AUGGUGCUCGGUCACGGCCACCGCCGCCACUCCCUGUCGAGCAGCCGCUCAUCCACCGACGACUUCCGCGACAACUCCACCGUCACCGGCGAAGACGAGACCAUCGUCGACUCGGAGCAGAGCAAUGUUCUCACCCACAUCAUCUCGCAGCUGCGGCCUGGCGCGGACCUCAGCCGGAUCACCCUCCCAACAUUCAUUCUAGAGCCGCGGUCGAUGUUAGAACGGAUAACAAACUUCAUGGCCCAUCCGGAGACCCUGCUCCCCAUGCCGGACAUCGAGGACCCAACAGAGAGAUUUUUAUCCGUGGUGAAGUUCUAUCUCAGCGGAUGGCACAUCAAACCGCCCGGUGUCAAGAAGCCCCUCAAUCCGAUCCUCGGCGAGACUUUCACCUGUUACUGGGAUUAUCCGGACAACACUAGAGGCUACUACAUCUCCGAGCAGACCUCGCAUCAUCCCCCGAAGUCCAGCUAUUUCUUCAUGGCUCCCGAGCACCACAUCCGCAUCGACGGCGCCCUCAAGCCCCGCAGUAAAUUCCUGGGCAACUCGGCGGCGAGCAUGAUGGAGGGUCUGGCCGUGAUGACUUUCCUCAACCACAACGAGAGAUACUUCAUCACGCAGCCCAACAUGUACGCACGAGGAAUCCUGUUCGGGAAGAUGAAAUACGAACUCGGCGACCACAGCUAUGUGCGGUGCCCGGAACUUGGCUUGGAGGCCGAUCUCGAAUUCAAGACCAAGGGCUGGGUCGGGGGCACCUACAACGCCAUCGGCGGAUACAUCAAAGAUUCCAAGACGCAAAAGAACCUUUUUGAGCUUUCUGGGCUGUGGACCGGCGAGAUGUGGGCCAAGAACCUUACGACCGGAAAGAAGCAACUGCUGUUCGACGCGACGCACGCGAGGGAGACAGCGCCAUCAGUCCGCCCUCUCAAGGAGCAAGAAGACCGUGAAUCACAGAAGCUAUGGCAGAAGGUUACUACGGCUAUCAAGCAGAGGGAUCAGAUCGUAGCCACAGAUGAAAAAUCAAAGAUUGAAGACAUGCAGCGCGAAGAAGCAGCGAAGCGCGUGGACGACGGCGUCGAAUGGCACCCUCGGUUAUUCAGGCCGGUGCAGGGCGGGCCGGGAGGCUCGGAAGAGGGCAUGGAGGAUCUGGAUUUCAUCAUUCGCACCAAGGUCGACGGUGCUACGCCGGAGGAGCAGACGAAGCAGAUUCUCAACAUCGCCGCGAUACUUCCUGGGCAGACGGUAGAGCGUAGGUUCUCGAUACCUGGACGGAAGACCGAGUCCCAGCACCAGAACCAGACAGAAGACCUGAUCGACUUUGGCCAGCAUGACGCGUCGACGGCGAAGACCGGGCCCGGAUCCCUCGAGCGCAAAGAUUCCGACACGAACUCGGUCGAUGAGUUUGUGGACGCCGAGUCGUGA